ACUCCUCCUGGUUUCAGGCAAAAUGGGCGCCUACUUGUCAGAACCUAUAAAGGAGAAGGAGUCUACUGGAGAGGAAGGGGAACACCUGGCAUACGGAGCAAGCUCUAUGCAGGGCUGGAGAGUCAGUCAAGAGGAUGCCCAUAACUCAAUAAUCAGUUUCGACGAGGGGAAGAGUCUGUUUGCGGUUUACGAUGGGCACGGAGGUCACGAGGUUGCUGAAUACUGCAGUCUGUAUCUACCGAACUAUAUUAAACAGAAUCCCAAUUAUAAAUGUGGAAACUAUGAGAAGGCCCUGGAGGAGUCCUUUAUCGCAUUCGACGCUACAUUGGUGGACAGGAAGGUUGUCAGUGAACUCAAACAGAUUCAGAAUCCAGACCAAAAGGAGGAAGACGAGCAGGAGAUAAACCAUUUGUGUGAAGAGGCAACUAUGCCGAUUGAAGAUGUCAUUGCGAAAUAUAAUUCAGAUACUGACGGUGAACCUGCUAAAGCCUUGAACCCUCUGAUCGUCGGGAUGAAGAAGAAAGAAGGCAAGCCUAUCAGUCCCUUCCUUCGAGGCAAGUCACAAGGGAUUGGUGAGGGCGCCUCUGGCCUCAACAAGCACAUCAGGUUCACCGAGGCCGGAGACGCUGUAGUUGAGAACGGGGUGAAGGAGACCAAUGGAAAGGAAACCAAAGAGAACGGAGUAAACGGAGAUAAUAGAGAGAAGAAAAGUGAAACCCCGUCCACUCCGGUGAACGGGGAGAAGGAAGAGGCGGAGGGAAGUCCGUCCACCCCAGUGAACGGGGAGAAGGAAGAAGCGGAGGGAAGUCCUGAAGGAAGUGAAAAGGAGAAUAAAGAUACAAACUGUUCAGAAACUAAACCUAGUGAAGAUAAAACUGAAGACAUUAAGGGUAAAGGGAAAGGUAAGGGCAAGGGUAAAUCAAGCAAGCUUGUAUCGAAGCUCCAGGCGGCGGAGUUUCUUGAAGCCGUGGCGGAGACGGUAGCUGAACGGCGGAAGAAAACUGCUAGUGAGAUCUACUCGUCCUUGUUAAAGGAGAGUCCUGAGUCCGGUGACGAGGACGAUGAGGACAGUGAGGACGAGGAGUUCGGAGCAGAAGUUGGUUCUGAUGACGAUGACGAUGAGGAUGAGGAUGAAGAGGAGAACCAGGAAGGGGAGGAGGAUUGUGAAGACUGUGAUGAAGAUGAUAGUGAGGUUGAGGACGAAGAGGAGGAGGAGGAGGACGGUGAGGUGAUGAUGGAUGGGUUCACUGAGGAGCCUGGGAAUGAUUCUGGUUGUACAGCUGUAAUUGCUCUUCUUGCUGGAACCAAACUUUUUGUUGCCAACGCCGGAGAUUCAAGAUGUGUGGUGUGUCGGGAUGGGAAGGCUAUGGAGAUGUCAUUCGAUCACAAACCUGAAGAUAAACCUGAACUGAAACGCAUUGUUGCUGCCGGAGGCAAAGUUACUUCGGACGGAAGAGUUAACGGAGGACUUAAUCUCUCCAGAGCCAUAGGUGAUCAUGCGUACAAGCAAAACAAGACACUUCCCUUGAUGGAUCAGAUGAUCAGCUCCCAACCAGAUGUCCGUAUACUGGAGCUGGACCCGGAGAAGGACUCCUGGAUGAUCCUUGCCUGCGACGGAAUCUGGAACUUCAUGACGAGCCAGGAGGUGGUUGACUAUGUGGACGAGAGAAUAAAAAAUACACCGGAUGAUAAGCUAACAUCAAUCUGUGAGGAGUUGUUUGAGCACUGUUUGGCCCCAGAUACCCACGGAGACGGAACCGGCUGCGACAACAUGACCGCUGUAAUCGUCAGAUUCAAACCCUCACUCUUCUCCGUUAAGGAUGUUAUUAUCGAUCCCUCCGCCGCCAGUGAUCUGGCCUCCGCCGGAGGAUCCUCAGGUUCCUCAUCCUCCACAACAGCCUCUUCAGCCUUAUCUGAACAAAAAGACUCCGAGGUUCCCUCUGGGCCUCCGGCUAAAAAGCUACGAAUGGGGGCUAGUAGUGAUGAAUAACCUGAUCUUAAAUCUUGUCUGUUGAGAAGAACAAAUUCUUUAUUUCCUCCAACUCUCCUACAAUCCUCUAUAUCCUGGUUGUCUCUCACGUCUGGUAAAAUGGUGUCCCAGAAAAUAUGCCACGAAAAAAUUCAUUCAGUCUGGUGGAAGUCGAUUAAAGAUGCGAAAUGUCCAACUAAGCUAGAUCAAAAAUAAAGUCUACUGUACUUUACUGUAGUGUGCUGUACGCGUGUACAUGUUGCUCCGAACCUGAAUAUAAAAGAGCUUCAAGUAUGAAAUAGUUUCAAGAAAUGCUGUCGUUUGUUAUCUUCAAUUCAUUUUUUUUGUUUAUUUAUUUUUUGGGUAAUUAACCUACUUCGGGCAUUUUUUAACUAUUCCUUUUUUCAUAACUCGAGUCAGGUCCACUCUAUCCGGUGUUUAUUCACGGAGAUGGGGAGGCCUAACGAGUCCGUUUGUUCCUUUAAAGGGACUGUACACAAAACUUGGAAACUGCAAAAUUAUUUUUUUACAAACUUGGUUAAGUUGACGUGAACUGUAAUAUAUAGAAUAAACCAGACUUAACUGUUA